GUUCCUAGGAGUUGCUUUCCGGGGACUGCCAAAGACAUGUCUGUAUCCAGCAGUGUCUGCUGUGUAUGGCAACACUGAGAGAUACCAAGAGAUCAGAGGACAAGAGAUCACUGGUGCAGAAUGAGCCCUCUAGAACUGAGCCCAUUGCUCCAAGCGGAGUCCCGGUGCUGAAAUGGAGUUAAUAGCUCUGAGUAUAUCCCUGUGUAUAGCUUUCCUAGAUACAGGAUGGGGAAGCAAACCUGAAACCUAUCACAGUCUUUGCAAACUAGUAGAGAGAACUGCAUAUUGCAAUGGGAGGAGGCUGAGCUCCAUCCUGGAAGACUUGCCUGCCGGAACAAAGGAACUAUUCUUGGAUGCCAAUGUUAUACAGGCUCUAAGGAAUGCAUCUUUAGUGCAGUACCAUGUCCUGCAUAGCCUCAGCCUGUGUGAAAAUGGGUUGCAACUCAUUGAACCUGGAGCCUUCCUGGGCACCAGGAGUCUUAGUGUACUUUCCAUGGCCAACAAUGCCCUGUCCACGAACUAUUCUGUGACGGCAUCUGCUCUGUGGACUUUGCCUGCCCUGAGGAAGCUGGACCUCUCUGGAAACCAGCUCACUGAGGUUAUGAUGGGCACCCUGAUCCAGCAUCUCUCCUCUCUGGAGUCCUUGUCUGUAGCCAGGAACGCCAUCAUGAGGUUGGAUGAUUCUCACUUCAGAAACCUGACCAAGCUACAGCACCUGGAUUUGCAGCAGAACUAUAUCUUUGAGAUUGAGGCUGGUGCCUUCGAGGGUGUGCAAGGGUUGCGGCAGCUUAAUCUGGCCUACAACUACAUCCCUUGCAUUGUGCAGUUUGACCUAACCCAACUCCGGAUGCUAAAUGUCAGCUACAACCACGUUGAGUGGUUCAUGGCUGCAGAGAGCGAUGCUGCCUUUGAAUUAGAAACACUAGAUCUUUCCCACAACCAGCUCCUGUUCUUCCCGCUGUUGCCCAGGCAAAAUAAACUGCAGACUCUGCUGCUGGCCCACAACCAAUUGAACUUUUAUGGCAAUUUCUCCAAUAAUAGUUCGGAGAACUCAGUGCAACUGUUGUUCCUGGAUGGCAAUGUCACCAACAUCACCACCCAUGAUCUCUGGGAAGAAAACAGCCACAGCAACCUCUCUUCCUUGAGCUUUCUGGACUUGAGCUGGAACAGGCUCUGGUAUCUUCCGGAUAGGUUUUUUGAAGGGGUUGCUUCCCUUGCUCACCUGAACCUCAGCCACAACUGCUUAAAGGCAUUGCACUUGCAGGAGAAAGAACUGCUCAACACUCUCAUUAAUUUGGAUCUCAGCUACAACCAACUUUUGGAUCUACAGGUGAACCUGGGUCCUGGAGGCAGCUUACCUAACCUCCGGACAUUAAAUCUAAGCAGCAACAAACUGCAUGGCUUGCCAGCUAAAAUCUUUACUCACACACCAAAGAUCACUACAGUUGACCUCAGUAAGAACCCAAUAGAGAUUUGCCCCCCAUAUAGUGCUGGAAGCCCCAGUUGCAUAGAUCUCAAUAACAUUGCCUCCAUGAGGAACCUUUUCUUGGCUGCUUGUGACUUAGAAGUGCUGGGCAGCCACACCUUUAAGGGGACCUCUCUGGAACACUUAGACCUUUCAAACAAUCCCAGGCUGCUGCUCAAUGGCUUAAGACCUCUGCAAGGUAUUGCAUGGUCCCUGCAAGUGCUGUCUCUCAGGCAGACCGGCCUCUCCACUGCAGGCACAAAGCUGGACUUUUCAGCUUUUCAGAAGCUGGUAAACCUGGAUCUGUCUGAAAACUUUCUGACCAGCUUCCCCGAAUCUUUAGCAAGCCUAAGCCUGCACACGCUGGAUCUCAGGAGAAAUGGCCUCCACACCCUACCUCAACACGCCAUGCAAAAUCAACUUGGAAGGAGCUUGCAUGUGAUCUACCUCAGCCAGAAUCCCUAUGACUGCUGCAAAAUUGGAUGGUGGCAUACCCUGCACGGCCUUGGCACCAUAUGCAUUGCAGACAGCAGUCAAGUCACUUGCAACUUCUCCUCCAGGUUCUUCAGAGUAGCCCACCUACCUGACUUGAUCCUCCAGAAUUGCAAGUGGCAAACAGCAGAUAUGACCUUGUUCUAUCUGGUGCUUAUUCUUCCGACCUGUUUGGUGCUGCUGGUUGCCUCUGUCAUCAUCUCUCUGACUUUCAGACAACACAUUCUUCAAAUAGUAAAAAGCAGGUACAGAACAUCCAGCCCAUAUUGACUCUGGGGUGGUGGGAAUGGAAGACACGAGCCACUAAGCCUCAGGGAAUGGCCUCAGGCAGGAUGGGAGUUACCCUCUCAGGAGUUGCAGCCACAGCUGUGGUUCCACUGAGCCACAGCAUGUGGUGAGGUUUUACGAGGAGCUGCCCAACUCGCAUAAUAAACUGUCCUUUUUAUGUGGUUGGCAAGGAUGGCACAGCACGUGAGUUCUAUGCAGAGAGAUACAAGCCAGAUGAUAUAUGGUUAAAAUUCACACUAGGAAGAAGAGGCCUUUACAAACCUCAAAGAAGAAUGUAAAAGGCUUUUUGCUGGGGAUUGAUCAAUUUUUCCAAAGUAGAUAUAACUUCUUGGGCAAGCAAAAACUUGCUUUUCCCUUCUAGGAGGAGCAUUCUCCCCACCUACACCUCAUUUGCAGCCUUGUUCAUGCACAAAUUGAAAGACUAAUGGGGCAGGCCUCAUGUUUGAGGGGAUGCUGGGGUCUUCCCUUAGCUUUCCUGGAGUGCACAGGUUUUAUAUUCCUUACCUUUUACCACUGUGGGCUAUUGCCUGGCUCCUCCCGGUGUGGGAAGAAACAGGAUGAGUGUUUCAGGUCAAAUUGGGAACCGUGUAGUGAGAGAGCUAGAAUUUUCAGAGAUACAUAAAAAAGAACAUGUGGGAGGCAGCAGCAAAAUUUGGGUUUCUCCUUUGCCUUCCCAUACUGGCUUCCGCUGCUUUUAAGCGUCUUUUCCCCCAAGGUAUGUCCUUAGUACCAGAAUGAGCCAGGCAGAGAGGAAAUUUCUUAAAGCUUCAGAGUGCAGUGAGGUAAGGCAGCAGAGCUGGGUGGGAGUUGGUUUCACUCCUUUCCUCUAAAUGCUCCCUUUUGUGUAAUGGGUAGAUCCACACUGACUUUUAUCAGUGAGCAAGGCAAACACAUAUUUAACAGUUGCCUUGCAUAUCUAAUUUGGCUCCCAGAGCAUAAAACUCUGAAGAUAAUGCAGUCAACAGCAAAAUAUGGCAAUUUUGCCACAUUCUGAAUAUUUAAAUUUUCAUUUUUAAAAACAAAAGCAGAAAUUGAAGCCCACCCCACUCCCUUGUCAUGAAGGGUGGUGGAGGAAGAAAUGAAAAUGUGUGAUCUGUUACAAACCAAGGGGCUGGCUAUAUGCGGGGAAAGCCCAGCGGUGGCGGCGAGUCUGUGCUGCAUCAGUUAUAUGAAGCAGCCGCAGUUUCGCAGCCACCUUGGGGCUUUCCUGCAAAGCUGCACAUUGGACUUACCCCGACUUUUUCAAUGGGAGCGAGGUCAUUACGGCUCUUCUGCUGUCUGACGUUGCUCCAGGGCCAAUCCAGGGGUGGUCCCUGGUGGAAGGUGACCAGGGAUUGGCUGCUGGAAACCCCACACUCCAUCCUUGGCGUCAGGAUUACCCGAUGCCUCCGUGGUAAGGGAGAUGGCACCAACUCAGCUUCGUGAAGAAAGCCCCA